AAUUGUGAGAGGAAGAGAGGGAAUCAGCGCAGCUAAAUAUCAGCUCUUUCUAAACAUUUUCGCGGAUUAAAAAAAACAAACAUAUCUGGAUUUUAUUUCUUUACUGCUCUUAUUGUUUCCUACGUUUUUUGUUGUGGAUUUUUAACCAUGGCCAAUGCUGGAAUACAACUUCUUGGCUUCUCGCUGGCCUUCCUGGGCUUCAUUGGCUCCAUCGCCUCCACAGUCAUGGUGGAGUGGAAAGCUUCGUCUUAUGCAGGAGACAAUAUCAUAACAGCUCAGGCACUUUAUGAAGGCCUGUGGAAGUCGUGUGCAUCACAGAGCACAGGCCAGGUUCAGUGUAAAGUGUACGAUUCACUUCUCCAACUACCAGCUAUUGUUGUGGGCACGCGUGGACUGAUGCUGGCGGCCAUCUUGCUCUGCUUGAUUGCCAUCUUGGUGGCUGUCGUGGGCAUGAAGUGCACCACCUGUUUGACAGAUCAACCCGAGCAGAAGGAUAAAGUGGCUUUAACAGGCGGGAUCAUCUUGAUCAUAGCUGGCCUCCUGGCUCUGGUGGGAACGUCUUGGUACGCCAACAGGAUAGCGCAGGAUUUUUACAACCCCUUCACUCCGACUAACUCCAGGUACGAAUUCGGAAGCGCUCUCUUUGUCGGAUGGGGAGCUGCCUUCCUCAUCAUCAUCGGGGGAGCCUUCCUGUGCUGCAACUGCUCCAAGAAGGAUUCAGGGAAAGCGCCACGCUACCCACGAUCCAACGCUGCAAGCAACGCCGGCAAAGACUAUGUGUAGGCUGAUGAAAUCGGCCGCUGUAUGUUGCGUUUAUCUUCAUUUCUUUUUAUUUGUGGGCACCAAUUGUUGUUUUUUUUUUAUAGGAGAGCCCUAACAUUAAGAGCAUGCACUAUUCUUGCGUGUCAUAUACGACUGUCUGACUUCAAAUGUGCAUUCGAAUCAGUAAAGCUAGUCAAUAUUUUA